AUGGUGUUGGUACAGAUGUUCGUUGAUCACUACAUCCAUCCCGGAGACGUAGUUGUUCUCCUCCAGCGGAUGGCGAAAGCGCUCUCCAAGGAGAGAUCGAUGGCGACUCCGAUCUUACGGCGAGCUCCGGCUGUGGGAGUUUGGAUUGCGGUGGAGUGGAGGAGGAGUGGGAGUGGUGGUGGUGGUGAAAUUGACAAGGGGAAGCAUGGUGAUGGAUUUUGA